UCUGUGUAUUUUUUCUAAUACUAUUCCUCAAUAAUUUUUGCAGAAUGGGAAGCAUCGACGGACCCAAUCACCGCGCGUUCACCGAUGAGUAUGAGGCCCCCAAGAAGGAGCUCUUCCGGCCGUCUGAGAAACUCCGGAUUUCCGUCACUGGGGCAGCUGGUCGAAUGGGCUCCGCCAUCUGUCAGCAUCUGAAGAAGGAGGGACACCAUAUUAUCGCCUCCGAUUGGACAAAGAACGAGCACAUGGCCGAGGAUGAGUUCUGUGAUGAAUAUCACAUCGUCGACCCGACCGUCAUGGACGACUGCUUGAAGGUCACUAGGGGAGUCGACCUUAUCUUUCACUUCGCCACCUCUGCGAAAGGCCUGGGUUUCAUUGAGUCCAACCCCUCGGUGACCAAGGAUGACAACACCAUAAUUGGCUACAACAUGGUCGAGGCAGCGAGAAUCAACGGUGUGCAGAGGUUCUUUGAUGCCUCCGUUGCUUAUAUUAAUCCGGAACUCAAGCAGGCGGAGACCAACGUGAGCCUCAACGAAUCCGUUGCCUGUCUCGUUGAGCGUCAAUAUCCCAUUGGCUUUGAAAAGCCUGAGACGGAGGUGUUGUGCAAGCGCUACCACGAGGAAUUCGGAUUUGAAUGCCGAAUUGGGAGGUUCUAUUGCAUUUAUGGUCCCUUCGGAACAUGGGAAGGUGGAAGGGGGAAAGCUCGGGCUGCAAUAUGCGGGGAGCCAAGCAUUUCCACCGACAAGUUUGGGAUGUUGGGGGAUGGACCGCACACAAUCAUGGAUAGCUAUGUUGAAGACGUGCUGAGGCAACUCUUGCAACUAUCUUGUUGUAAGCUCACACUUGUCAGUUCACAUGUGCUUUUGCUCUUAAUAGUUUGGUUUCCAUUGUUAUCUGUGUGCAGAUUGAUGAAUUCGGACUGCCGUGAGCCUGUAUACAUCGGAAGUUUGAACAUGCGUGACCUUGUGAUCCUGGGAAGCGACGAUCACAAGAAACUCGGGUGCGCCGCGGUGCUGAAGAAUUGGUUGAGAAUGCUGCGCUUCUGGAUCAAAAAAGGGAUUGGGAAGGUGAAACCGCAGGGGACUGACUCGUCGACCGUUGGGUCAUCGGAAGUGGUGGGCACCGGAGCCCCAGUUGAGCGCGGUUCGCUUCGAACUGCCGAUGGCGAAGAGUGAAAGCUCUCGCAUUCUCACAUCCCCGGCUGGUGGCGCCGCUCUCGCAGAAGGCAGAGUUUUCAGUAGUACUGGUUGUGGUCGGGUCUUCAUCUUCUUCAUAUACUGUGUAAAGUUUUUGGCUUUGGAUUUUUCCUGGGAAGAAUAAUUCUGAGUUGUCGCAUUUUGUUGCGGAAGCGACCACAAUUCUUAUAUUUGGGUCUGUAAUAUGUAACAAUAGUUUCCUCUUUUUUCGAGGUGAACAGUAGCGGAACAGGUUUUACAUGCA